GGUGAAUCACUGAAAUAGGAACACACGAAAGAAGGUCAACACUUCAACGUUCGAUCUCGGACUAAUUACAACUCUACUCAAAGGAUUAUAAAGUAUACAAAGUUGCAACAUGUCUUUCUGUAGAGAAAGGUUGUGUUUUCAAGGAGAUCAAGGUACAAAUCAGAAAGAAUCAGGACUAAUUCACCGACUGAAUUUCGAUUCGGAAAAUGAUGGCGAUGUGAGUUGGCAAGAUGCCUCGAUGUCAACAGGUAGUUUGAGUCCUAGCAGAGACGAUUCUAUAGAUACAUGGCAGACUAACUUACUUAGCCCGACUCCAAUGUCAAGUCCAUGUAUGGAGAGGUUUAGCAAGGGUCGACAUAUGUCACCCAUUCCGUUUUCUAGCUAUUUGGAUUCGGGACUUGAAGAUACUUUCGACUCAAGUCGGGAGCAUGGCGAGGAAGGAGGGGCCUUGACAACGCCCACAUUUACACCACCCCACAAGAACUUCAGGGCAUUGAGGCUGUAUGAUACACCACACACUCCAAAAAGUCUCCUGCAAAAGUGUCAAAGACGGAUUACAAGGAUCAGCAAGAGUAAACUUGCAUUGAACUGUGAUAAACUGAAAACUCCAAAGCCUCCUGUCAUCGCCCCCGAUAGCCACCAUCACACAGCCGCACUCAAUGAGCGCCUUCAAGCCAACAUCAACCCAUUCACUCCAAGCAACAACAACAACCAUGCAUCAAGAACACACAGCCAGGGUACAAAGCGAUCAAGACAAGACAUUGAAAGCAUCCUAUAUGACUCCGGAGAAGAGAUGGAUGAUAUUGAAUGCCCAAGUAGCAAGAAAAUAGCACUUCGGGAAAUCAACACCUCACGAUACAAUGAAGAAUUCCAUGAGAUUUGCAAGCUUGGUGACGGAGAGUUCGGAAGUGUCUGCAAAUGCGUGAAUCGUCUGGAUGGUUGUACUUACGCUAUUAAAAAAUCUAAAACUCCUGUUGCGGGAAGUGUUUAUGAACGUACAGCAAUGAAUGAAGUCUACGCCCAUGCAGUCCUUGGAAAACACCAACACGUUGUGCGAUACUACUCCGCAUGGUCAGAAAACGGUCACAUGUACAUUCAGAACGAGUUCUGCAAUGGAGGCAGUCUUGCGGAUUUGGUUGAGGAGAACAGGCAGCUGGGAAGAAACUACAGCGAGGCUGAGAUCAAGCUACUUUUACUCCAACUGGCACAAGGGCUCAAAUACAUCCACUCACAAAACCUGGUCCAUCUAGAUAUCAAACCUGGUAACAUAUUCAUCCAGCGUGACCCCAAGAUACUGAACACACCCGAGAGUGGCAUGGAGGAAGAAGAAACUGAUGACGUCAUUGAUGAAGACGAAGAGCCACCUAUAAUUUACAAAAUUGGUGACCUUGGUCAUGUGACAUCAAUGGCCAAUCCCAGUGUAGAAGAAGGUGACUGCCGCUAUUUGCCAAAUGAGAUUCUCCAGGAAGAUUUUGACCACCUCUCAAAAGCUGACAUCUUCUCCCUGGCUCUUACAAUUUAUGAAGUGGCAAGUGGUAGUGAACUUCCCAAGAAUGGAGACAGCUGGCAUGAAAUCAGACAAGGAAAACUUCCCUACCUUACUCAGUAUUCCGCCCACCUUAAUGGCCUCCUUAAGAGUAUGAUCCACCCAGACCCACGUGUACGCCCCAGUGGAUCAGCCAUUACCCAGCAUCCGGUGCUCUACCCAUUUGCACGAAAAUCACGAGCUCAGCUACGACGUGAACUGAACGAGGAGAAAUUCAAGAAUGAGUUACUUGCAAGGCAGUUGAAAGAAGCAACUCAAUCGAAACUGAUACCCAAUUUGAACAAUAACAUCGUAGAGAGCACACCAGCCAAUAGGACGUCUCGAUUAGUUGGCCGCAAGAUCGCACGCAGCAUGAGCAUGACGAACUUCUAGAAAAAUCACAACAUAACUUACUCCUCUACUGCCACAUACACAAUGAUCGAUGAACAUUAUAAUUGCCUUAUAUGACAAACUUUGGGGUUUGUCUCAAACACUGCUUAUAGAUGAACAUUGUUGAAUGAGGAUUCAUAACUCACAUGCUACUUUGAUUGAGGAUCUAAGCCUCAUACAAAGACAAACACUAGUGACAAAUGGAAUGUCAGAUAUGAUAAAUGCUGAAUAGGAAUGUUCUCCAAAUAUUGACUUAGUUCCUGAAUUGAGAUGCUCUAUAUGCCACUUUACACUUGAACGCUGAAAAUUAUGUAUAACAUGAUAUGAAGCAGAAUGGCCAAAAAUAAAAUUGUCGCGGAAGUAUUCCUCAGUAGUCCUAGAGACAAAAUACGUCAAGACUUUAUUUCAUGGAAUACUUAACUACUUUUGACAUGCUGUUACUUUAUAUACUUAUACCCUUCGGAGGUGGGUUUGAAGUCUGUGAAGUCUUUGUAAUACUUACAUUAUAGUCUUAAACAAAUACUACUCUUUGGAGGUGGGCUUGAAUUACUUAAUUUAUAUUUCAUACUUAUCGAUAGUAGAAAAAGUGCAUGUUCAUAUUGACUUAAAAUGGUUUAUACAACAAUACUGAUAAUUUGUGC